AUUAGCCAUGCUCUCUCAAGGUAGUGGGGCAGGUGUUGUUAGUCGAAAGGCCACAUUCUUGACAGAGAGAAGGCGGUCGUCUUUAAACUGCAGUCAGGGGGAUAGGAAAGAAAGGACCAAGGGUCAUAAACAACCAGGGAUGGACUUUCUGUGUCCCCCUGUUCUCAGUGACCUGCUAACCCACCACUGGAGAGACAUGCAGGAUGGAGUCUCUGAUCCAGAGCAACUGAACAAAGUUCUUGAAUUUCAGAGCGAUGAACUGAUAUGGACUGCUCAGAAACGGGGUGAGUCAGAUUUGAUGAAAAAGACAGAGAUUUAAAAUGAAACAAUGAUUGUCUAACUUUAUUUUAAGGAAGACAAUGAAAAUGUGUUUUUAUAGUUCAGCAUCAUUACAUUGGUCUGAAGCAUACAGAAAUGUGUACACUAACCUUUGUGUAAUUAAUCUUUCAAAAUGUUUCAGAGUGGACUUUUUAAAAGUAUAAAGCUUUCUAAAAUUGGCAAAUUCAACAAUGCUUAUAUACUGUUAAUAUUCAUAUCAGUCAUGUUCUUGAGCUUCAGUAUCCUGUUGAAAAGCAGCAUAUCCUGUGCAUUGGUUGUGAAUAACAACAACAUGUAUAAAGUCUGGUUCCCAGAAUGGGAUUCUAGCUUCUAAAAGAGUUUAGCCAGAAAGCCUCCCUGCUGCUCUGCUGCUUGUUUUGUGCUGGAUUAGUUGGUGAACCAGCACAAACAUGUUGUUCACCAACAAAAUAUGCUAGGCAACCCGUUUGGUCUCUCUGAUAACACUGGUUGACUAACAGAUUUUGCUGGUGAACAAUGUUAUGCUGGUUAGCCAGCUAGGCUAACAAUGAAACUGCACGGAACAUUGGUCUUAUUCUGACAGCACAUAUAGAAAUCAUAUACCAAACUAAUACACCCCAAAAAGGAAAAUUCUGUCAUCAUUUACUCAUCCUUAUAUUAUUAUAAACCAGGGGUGGUGUUUUCGUAUAGGAGAAUAUGGCCUCCCCUGCCAUAACCUGGUUCUAUAGAUUUCAAUUGAGGGGGAUCUCCCCCACCCCUGUAUUGUGAAGCCAUACCCCUAGGGUUUUGUCAAAUGCAGCCACUAUUCCAAACCCAUUAGACAAAACACACGAUGAUUUAACUUGGUUGAAUUUGAUUCAAUCCAAGUCUUCAGAAGAGACUCAUUUGAUGUAUGCUUGAAUACACAUAUAAACAUACAUACAUACAUAGUCGGAAGAACCUUUUUCCACUAUAAAGAACCUUUUGUACAUUGGAAAUGUUCCAUGGAUGUCACAGGUUUUUAAUGGAACCAUAGAUGCCUAUGAGCCGAUCCUCAAAUACAGAACCUUAAUCAUACUUGCUUGAUAUUUUCUUUAAAAAAUAUCUUAAUAUGGUUUCAAAGAACAACAAAAGUUAUUCUUUUCAUUUUUGGGUGAACUACCCUCUUAAAAGGAAUUUUUUUCUCCAAUAUAAAUUGACAUUUUUAACAAAAAAUCUAAUUUAACCAUUUGGUAAUGACCUGCUGUAAAGCUGGAUAUCAUCUGAAUAUGUAAAUAACAUAUAUGAGUCAUACUGUAAUCCAGGCUUUUACCAUGGACAGCGUGUCUCCUAACAAACGCCCCUCACAUUCCCUGCACUCCCUUCUGGUGAGACAGGCAUCUUACAUGAGACACACUGACAUACUGAAGCUUUUCAUGCAAGGAUAACAAAGCUUGCGUCUUCUAAAAUAGACUAAAUGUGCCACGCUCUACAAGUCCUUUAUCACUUAACUCACAGCAUUGUGCUUCAUACUAUCUGUGGGCGAGUGAGGUGAGGAAUCUGUGUGGAGUUGACACAGGAUUUCUAAGGGAUUGUGGUAAUCUUCUGUGCAUAUGAAUGACAUGCACAGACCAGCACUCAAGAGCCCUGAUCCCAGUCGCUGUUUGGGUCUGUCUCCAUGCAACACCCCUACGCUCAUUCUGCAGAUUCCAGUAAAGAUUUUCCUGGUGUGCCCUCGAAAUGAAUGAUCUCAUAAAACCUAGAGAUUAUGCCAUUGCAAUUAAACACUCUAUUGUAAAUAUCUUCUAAACCUGUGACACUGCAUGCACUUUUUAACAUUCAUGGAAGUAGGAUAUAAAAUUUGAUCCGUUUAACAGUGGAGCUUAAAUAUCCUGGAAAGACGGGUCUAUUAUUCAAAUGAAACAAAAGGCAACAAAUGGGCAUAGAUGUAAGAAGCUCAAAGGAUUUAGUAUUUAUCUCAUACAUCAACAACUAAAAAUGGCCCCAGUAAGCUAUGAGCAACUGAUGGAGAACAAUGGCCUACUAAAAAUAGAGGCAAAAAGUGCUUAAAGCCAUAGGAAAACAUGACUAGCACUAUAUAAACUCAAGUCCUUGAAAGCCGAAGCCAUUUGAAAAGGUAAGAGGAUGCUCAGAACUAUGCGCUUUGAGAACCUUUGUUCCACCGUGCAGCUGAAUGGAUGGCAGGCUCUGCUGGAUGAUAGCUGUGAGUUAGGACAGGAUCAUUGGGAAAGAGCUCAUUUACGCUCAUUAUGGCUCUACAGAGCUGUAGUGAAGGGAGACACAGGAGGGCUUCGUAACCUUCUUAAAAGGAACUAUAUUGAUGUUGAUGUCUUUUACAAUGUGAGCUGUGAGGAACUUGAGUGGCAAGCUAAAACAGACACCACCUUUGGACCCUCAGGUCUUUGGUCUUUGGAGUAUAAAAGAGAACUGACAAGCCCACUGUGUAUUGCUGCUGCUCAAGGUUUCGCUGAAUGUCUGCAAUAUUUACUGGAACACGGCGCACACCCCAACCUUAUUGCAGGAGGAAAAGCGGCACUUCAUGAGGCCUGUGUAAACGCCAGCACUGAAUGUGUAGAGCUGCUGCUGGAACAUGGGGCUAAUCCUAACCAGAUGACAGACGAGGGACUGACUGCCUUACAUCUCUGCAGAACACCCCAGUCACUACGUUGUGCAAAAGCCUUGGUGAGAUAUGGUGCCACAGUGAACUUAUCCAGUGAAGAGGAGGAUGAAACACCGCUGCAUGUGGCAGCUAGACAUGGUCUGCCCCACCAUGCACAGCUGUACCUACGAUUCGGAGCCUGUGUGAACCAUAGCAGCUCUUCGGGUGAAACGCCACUUGGAGUUGUUUGUGGAGUCGCCCAAGAAAAGACAGUCGACAGCCAAGAUGAACGAUACCUCGAGAUCUGUCGUCUCCUCCUGGUCUAUGGAGCUAACAUUAAUUUGGCUGAUAAACAGCGGCGCAGCCCUCUACACAAGGCAGCCCGCAAUGUUCAGCUGAAGUUGGUGGAGCUUCUCUUGGACAAUGGGGCUGAUAUCAAUGCCAUUGAUUAUAACGGAUGCUCACCGUUAUCGAGUGUUCUACAAAGUUCUGUGGUUCGGCAAGAGUGGGAACCUCACAGGGUGGUUCAGACCUUGUUAAAUCGCGGCUCUAUUAAAGUCUGGCCACAAGCACUGCUGAAGGUAUUAACAGCCUGUGCAGAUGCACCUAAAACUGUGGAAAUCCUGUUUAACUCCUACACACUUGUUCCCGUGACCUCCAAGUGGGUUGAGGCUAUACCUGAGGAUAUUUUUCAUUUUCACAGAACCUUUUAUGAGUCUCUUUUUGCACUGGAGUAUAAGCCACGUAGUUUACAGCAUCUGUGUCGGUCUGCACUGAGGAAACAGUUUGAGAAAAACUGCUGCUCGCUCGUUGCCAGGCUUCCUGUCCCAAAGCCACUUCAACAGUAUCUUCUUUUGGAACCGGAGGGGUACAUUGACUAGAAUCAGACCUUCUGACAGAAACCUAAAGAGAACUAUACAAGGGGUUUUAAUGCUAGAAAUGUAACACUCUGACCAAGACAACUGCCUUAAAUUUCACUUUCAAAGUCACCAUACAGUGACAUUUUUAGAGAUUGUAUUUUUUUCCACUUGUCUACAUAUAAAUAAACUGAUAUAUUAGUGUAAAUAGCUUUGCAGGAUAUUUUAUUGUUUGAAUGACAGUGUUUUAUGUGUAUGCUGUGGGUCCUUUAUUCAUAUUUAUAAAUAUAAGCUCAGUAAACGUUUAUUGCAUAAUUAUUUCAUUAAGAAAUAUUUUAGUCUUGUAAAUAAAAUAAUAUCUUUUGUCUAGUCUGACUGUCAUUUCUUUCUGUCUGACUUCAUUUCCCCAAUGUACAGUGUGUCAUAUGUAAGCAUUGGUGAUCACAGCACAGCUAUAGCAACAGGUUGGUAGAAAUAAGUUGUUAAGCGUACAUUUAUUGGUCUCACUGCAUGAAAUUUGUGAAGAAAAUGCACUUGUUUGAUUUAUGCUUUGUAAGUUGACUUGAGCACUAAAAUAAACCAUUAUUCUUGUUUUUCUUUUUCUUAUAAGUAGGCUAUUGUAAAUAAUUACAUG